AUGGAAUACAAGUCGCAGCGGUCUGAGACCCUCAAAGUCAAGCCGCGGCUCAUUAUACACGGUGGCGCGGGGAACAUUACACACGCCUAUCUCCAACCGAAGGACUGGGAAGCCUACCGGAAAUCACUUCUCACCAUUCUCGCAAAAACCAACACCUACAUGACGACCCGGCUCUCCACGGGCCGGCUCCCCAGCGCUCUCGAGACGGCGACCCACGCCGUCAGCCUCCUGGAGAACGACCCGCUCUACAACAGCGGCCACGGCGCCGUCUUCACGCGCGACGGCAUCAACGAGCUAGAGGCCUCAGUCAUGGUCUCGCGCGGGCACAAGAAGCGCGCCGUCGGCGUGUCGGGCGUGCGCCGCGUGCGCAACCCCAUCCUCCUGACGCGCGCCGUCCUCGAGCACGGCGAGGACGACCUCGAGGUCGCCGCCGGGCGCCCCGACGUGCCCUCCGCCCAGGGCCACGGACACCUCCACGGCGACGAGCUGACGGCGGCGCUGGCGGCGCGGUAUGGGCUCGAGACGGUGGCGCCGGCCUACUUUUUUACGCAGAGGCGGUGGGACGAGCAUGUCGAGGCGCUGCGGCGCGAGGACCGCGAGGGCGCCGUGGCGGCGACGUGGAGCGACAAGGUGUUUCUGCCGCAGGGGACGUGCGGGGCCGUUGCGCUGGAUGAAGAGGGCGUUGUUUGCGUGGCGACCAGCACCGGCGGACUCACGAACAAGCUGUCCGGCAGGAUCGGGGACACGCCGACCGUGGGGGCUGGUUUCUGGGCUGGCGAGUGGGAAGAUGACGAGGAUGACCGCCUCGGAUCGACCGCGUGGGACUCGGGCGUGCGGGGCGUUCUCGGUCGUCUUGGAUCCAGUGUUGGCAUCAGUGACGGGCUUCGGCGACUGUUGGCCGACUGCCUCCCCCGACCUUUGAUGUACACGCCACUUCCGACUCGAGGGGGCGGCUUGACGACGGUAACUCGAUCCUUUGCUGGGUCUGGAACCGGCAAUGGGGACUCGUUUCUGCGAGUUGACGCGUUGCACUCCGUGGCGUCUCGUGCACAGUGGAAGCGGGAGCCCAGCGCGAAGGCCUUGUCGGCUGUUGCAGGCCCCAGAGGUGAGCUGCAGAAGAGCGCAGGUGAUCGUUGGGGUCGCACAGGCGAGGGGCAGGGCGGCAUCAUCGGGAUCGAGUUGACUGUUGUGCGCGGGCCGCAGGGCGAUGUCCUAGAGACGCGAUCCGAGGUUCUGCAGGACUACAACUGUGCCGGCAUGUUUCGGGCAUGGGUUGACGAUGAUGGAAGGAGCCAUGCGGAGGUCUGGCGCGGUGACUCGACUGUGGGGGGUAUCUAUUGA